UUGUACGGGAUUUCUUGAACGCGGUGGUUAUCGCUCUGUUUUACCGACCGUAAAAAGGGCACGCCACGCUCUCGGUGCCCAACGGGAUACUUCGUGGCUGGCGUUGGUGUCAUAUAUAUGUGUAUAACCUCAAUGAACGUAGCCGGCGUACGAAAUCAGUGGUGAUACCGAAAGUCCUCGAUCGAGACGGUGCUUAUUAUUCCCGGCGAGAAUGCGGUAGUGACGAGUUCGUAGAUACACCGAUGGAUCAUCGUCGUGCAUCCGAGGCGGGGACCUUCUCGAUCGAAUCGCGUCGACAGAACCGCGGACAGAGCCGUCGGAAGGGUCGGUCGUUCUCGUAGCCCACGCGGGCGAUUUGAAUCGGUGGUUUUUUUUUUGUUCGUCGUUUGUUGUUGUUAUUUGUUACCGUCGGUUGGUGUGUCGCGUGACAUGAAGUGUUCCGUUCGUGUGAUUUAAGAACACGUACGAUAGUGUUUCUAUUUUCUAUUAGUUCACCACCAGAUAGGAAUCAUGUAUCCCAGUGCCGGAAUCAAUGCCGCUGCUGUGGCUGCCGCAGCUGCUAGGCAUCCGGGUCCGCCGCAGCCCGGCCAGCAAUAUAAAUUCUCGAUCGGCGAGCUGUGCGAUCGUAUCAAGGAGGACUUCAACUUUCUUCAGACACAGUAUCACAGUAUUAAAUUGGAGCUGGAGAAACUCGCCCAGGAGAAGACGGAGAUGCAGCGCCACUACGUAAUGUAUUACGAGAUGUCCUACGGGCUGAACGUGGAAAUGCAUAAACAGACAGAGAUAGCGAAGAGGUUAAACGCCAUAAUUGCUCAGAUCCUGCCGUUUCUCUCCCAGGAACAUCAACAACAAGUCGCCACUGCUGUUGACAGAGCCAAACAAGUGACCAUGACCGAACUCAACGCCAUUAUCGGGCAACAAAGGCCAGACCUGCCGAGGCUGCUGCAGCAGAUGCACGCGCCUCAGCUUCCGCCAGGCGCCGCGAUAGGGCCUCAUCCAGGUAUGCCGUCGCUUCCUGGACCUGGACUUCCCUCCUCGGCCUCCGCGGCCCUUCUGGGAUUAGGAAUACCACCGGGCGCGGCAGCGACCGCCGGAGGCUCAGCUGCCCAUCCACUUCCAAUGUUGACCAAGCCGGACCACCAUCGGGGUCAGCCUGAUGACUUGAAGCCAAACGGAGGUCUAAAUCCCGCCGAGGAGAGGCAUAGAAACUCGAUAUCGCCCGCGGAGCGCGAAAAGUACAGCAGGCCCCGAAGCACACCGGACUCACAGCAUCACGAUCACAUGCCCCUGAAGAAGUUGAAGAAGGAACAGGACAAAGACAUAGGCCAUCAAAGCGACGGCGAGAAGAGCGACCAAGACUUGGUGGUGGACGACGCGAGCGAAGGGCCGACGAGUCCCGCGGCGAACGGCACCUCAUCGCCGAGGGAGAACGGCCUCGACAAGCUGGGCCCGUCCUCGGUCCCUUUGAGCGGCCAGGUGAAGAAAGAAGUGCCGCCACCCUCGCCGCGGAGCGGCACCAGCAGCAACGCGAGCACGCCCUCGGCGAAGAAGAUGGAAGAACGGGAGAAACCGACAACUCCGAUCUCGAAACCUGUCACACCUACGUCAGCAGGUGGUAGCAGCUCCGGUUCCGGCGGUCUGAAAGCAUCGAGUUCCAGCAAACCACUGGUCUCGGCUUCGGCGGUCGGCCCUUAUCCGCCGCACUAUCCGCCGCCGCAUCAUCCACCCGCAGGACCUCAUGCGGACAUGUUGGGUUAUCCUCCGGGAGCUCUGAAUGGAUAUCCCACAAGACCGCCUCUUCAGCAACUCUACGACCCUCACGGCAGCAUGAGGGCACCUCUUGGACCAUUCGGGGUGCCCGGUGGCAAACCCGCGUACAGUUUCCACGUAUCGAGCGAAGGCCAGAUGCAACCGGUCCCGUUUCCACCCGAUGCCCUAAUUGGACAAGGCAUACCGCGUCAUGCGCGCCAGAUAAAUACCCUAACGCACGGCGAGGUGGUGUGCGCGGUGACGAUCUCGAAUCCGACUAAAUACGUUUACACCGGCGGCAAAGGAUGCGUCAAGGUCUGGGACAUCAAUCAGGGCGGCGGCGGCAGCGCGAAACACGUUUCGCAGCUUGAUUGCCUGCAACGGGACAACUACAUCAGAUCAGUGAAGCUGUUACCAGACGGUAGGACCCUCAUAGUUGGUGGCGAGGCGAGUAACCUAAGCAUCUGGGAUCUGGCCAGUCCAACGCCAAGGAUCAAAGCGGAACUAACAUCAAAUGCACCAGCCUGUUACGCUCUGGCCAUCUCGCCGGACUCGAAAGUCUGCUUCAGCUGCUGUAGCGACGGCAACAUCGCUGUCUGGGAUCUACAGAAUCAAUCGUUGGUCAGGCAAUUCCAAGGUCACACGGACGGUGCGUCUUGCAUCGACAUCUCCGCCGAUGGCUCGAAACUCUGGACCGGAGGUCUCGACAACACCGUGCGUUCCUGGGACCUGAGGGAGGGCAGACAGCUUCAACAACACGAUUUCACCUCGCAAAUAUUCUCCCUCGGUUACUGUCCCACCGGCGAAUGGCUGGCGGUCGGUAUGGAGAACUCGAACGUCGAGGUGCUGCACGCCACCAAGCCGGACAAAUAUCAGCUUCAUUUGCACGAGUCCUGUGUGCUUUCGUUACGUUUCGCUACCUGCGGCAAGUGGUUCGUCUCCACCGGCAAGGACAAUUUACUUAACGCGUGGCGUACACCCUAUGGUGCCUCGAUAUUCCAGUCCAAGGAAUCCUCAUCGGUGCUCAGUUGCGAUAUUUCGACUGAUGACAAAUACAUCGUGACUGGAUCAGGCGACAAGAAAGCCACCGUCUACGAAGUGAUAUACUGA